GUCCUCUUCCUAGGACUUGUCAAACAUUAACUCGCCCCCUUUGCUGUCUGCUGUCUGCACGACUGCUAAGGCGCAUUGACGCGUUCCACGCGAGACUAGCAGUGCAGUAGCUCGCCGCGGGGCGAAGGCGGGGGCCGUCGCGUGCAUCCAUCCUAUUGCCAUCACCACUUCGGUACUUGAACGAGGCUUAGUACCAAACCUCCUGCGGCCAAACACCUCGACAGCUGCAUUUGGUGCCAUAUGCCCCAAACAUCUUGCCGAUAUGCGACCGAUACCGGGCGGCGACGCCCUCACUCCUGCUGUUAAGCCGCGCUCUCGCAAGUCGAGCAUCGACCCGGUUGCCCCUGUAUCCCAUGUACCCACUUCCUUCGUCUUCAAGCGAUUCGAGGACCUGGAGCAGACCGCAGCUCCGCCUCAUGUUGCAACCUCUUCGGGAAGACACGAGGAUCACGGCACGUACGGAGUGCAAAGUCUCGCAGAUACACUCGAAGCUGCAUUUGGUCCCGAGGAUGCGCCAAAGCGCACCGACUCGCUCAAGGCAGAGAGAACAAAGGGCCAUGGCGCAAAGAGCCCAAGGCCGGUGUCGCAUGGCUCGUCGAUUGAUUCAGCAACGUUGCCAGACGAUGCCAGGGCAAACAAGACUUGGAAAUUGAAGAGAAAUCAUUCCAACCACGGUUCCUAUACACCCUUGAAGCUGCCUACCGCAGACGUGUCCUCCCCAUAUCCUACUUCUGCCAUGCCUAGUACACCGACAUCUGCUUCGAUAACCUCGCUCAAACUGUCUGACGAGGAUUCCACUAUGGAUGAAGCUGUUAGUCAAGCUGCCAUGUCUGGCGCAGGCGAGGAGGACCAUGUCGAGAUACAGCAGGAUGGCCUAUCUUUUCCACAGCUUGUCAUGCCCGUAAUGCAAAUGCCGACGAGACGACCUUUUACGACAAAAGGCAAGGCUAUGAGUAAGCUAAAGGUGAUGGUUGUAGGUGAAACAGGAGUCGGCAAGUCGUCUCUCGUUCGAUCCAUCGUACAGGCAUGCGAAGACAUUGUACACGUAGAUCCUCUACCAGCCCCCCAGUCAAUCUCGCGGCCACGUGCAUCCAGGUCCAAAUCCCGUGCAAGGAAACCAGAACAUGCAGGUACUACACGAGUGACAGAGAUUCAUGCAAGCACGAAGCCCUACCCGCAUUGGUGGACUGAUUUGGACGACUCUCGUGCACCAAAGAAGAGAAAGGGUAGUUGCGACAGUGUUUUGGAGAGGAACAUUUGUUUUGUCGAUACCCCCGGAUACUCACCAGGACCGACAGAAGCAGACGACAUAGGUACCAUCGUCAACUAUGUGGAAUCUCUCUUUUACCAGACUUCUUCAGUCGUAUCACUGGAAGAUAGCGAUGCGCUCGGACUUGUCAGCGGUAAUGGUGGCGUCCUUGUGGACGUUGUAAUUUACCUGCUAUCGUCUGGCAAAGAUAUCAGCAAAGACAUUGAGUAUAUGCAGCGUUUGUCAUAUCUUACCAAUAUCAUUCCGAUUAUAGCGAAAUCGGAUACCCUUUCUGCGCACGAGGUUAUAGCAUUGAAGACCUCCAUCCUCGCUCAGUUACAAACGACCGCCUUUAGACCCUUUUUCUUUGGAGAAACCAUCGACGAUGCGUUACUUGAUGUGCAGGGCCUCUCUCUAUCAAAGCCUCCAGUAUCUAGUGCUUCAAACGAAGGAAACCAGUAUCCCUUUACUACACCCACCUAUCCAUACGCAGUAUCCUCUACUCUUGGCCCGGACCAUGACACCAUGGAUGCGUCGGUGCUUAUGUCGCCAGACUAUGUGCAACCUCUUUUGCCUUCAGAGUUGACAGCACUAGUGAACCAAGUAUUCGAUCCCGAUUCUAUUACUUGGCUCAGGCAUUCUGCAGCAAAGAAGUUCGUGGCAUGGCGGCAUAGGGUAAAUCUUCCUGGCGAGUCGACCAUGGUGCGAAGCAUCGUUCAACCACGCAGUCCAACGACAGCAUCGAUAGGACUCAACGGAGUUACUUCUAAUCCAUCUCUAGCAUCUUCCGUCUUCUCCGCCACCUCACCAUCAGGUGUCCUAGUACCCGGCUCAGGAUCGCCCUUCUACCCUUCAAACCUCCAAUCCCCAAUCCUCGCCUCAUCCACAUCCCUCGCCAACUCAGAAGCCCUCGAGCCCUCAGCCAACUUCUCUCUAGCACGAUACGGCCACUCUGCGCAAGGCGACCAACGCUUCAGCGAAAUCCGAAUCGCAAGAUGGGCCACGGAUCUCCAGCGCAGCCGCCGCAACGAACGCGACCGCUUCGAUGAACUCCAAAGCAAAGAACGCGCUAGAUGGAUGCUUGAAUGCGUCAACGAAGAAGCUGCCAAAGGCUCACUGGUCGCAACAUCUCCUGAUGCGGCGCCCAGAGCCGAAUGGGCAAUGGUUAGACAUAGUGACGAGAAGAAUACGUGCAGUAUCGGAAAUCGCUAUGCUAGAGCUAUGGGUGGACUUGAUUCCCGCGAUCCCCUUGGCUUGUGCAAUCUCAGCGACGAACUUAAGAGAAGGAGCUAUGCGCUUGUUAAGGUCCUUGGGGGUGUUAGUGUCCUUGGUGCUGUUAUUGUGGCUGUUUCGAGGGCAUGUGGGAUGGAGACGGGGUUGGUGCCUGCGGCGUGGUGGCGGUGGGUUAGUGCAACGGAGUAAGGUGGGCUAUCAUGUGGAUAUGUAAGACGAUUGAUGUGAUAACUCUGGUUUUUUUGUGUACGUUGGUUAAGGGGCUGGGCUUUUUGAAGGUAAUGAAGAUAUGUUCUAUACCUUCUCUUGUAUAUUUUUUUUUGAGUGCGCCUGGCGUGGUAUAGAGUAGUUGAGUAUAUCCAACGAAUGAAUAGGGGGAGAUCAUGUAAAAUGUUGACUGGUCGAGGGUUUUGCUGUUAUACGAUUACUCGAUGAACCCAAUGAUCGAGUCGUUUACUAAGUUUUUUAUUUGAUCUGCCGGAGCCUACUGCACUGCCUACCAGCGCUUUUUCUUUUAACAUGAUUUUUUUUUU